AUGGAGUCCAAUCUUCUAGAUAGUCUUCUCGACAUUGAGGAGCAAUUCUAUAAUGAAGGCUAUAGUCUCGGUGUUGCCGAUGGCACCGAGGCGGGCUACACCGAAGGCAGCGUCUUCGCCGUCGAGAAGGGCUUUGAGAAAUUUGUGGAGAUGGGCCGAUUGUAUGGCAAGGCGCUAGUUUGGGCCCAGCGACUAGCCAAGUCUAAUCCAUCGGAGACAUCCGAACAGCCAUUGGACCAGUCGGUGGCCAGUGCCGAUGCUAUCGCUCUCGAUCCAUCCAUUUGCAAACAGAUGUCUACGCCGCCAGCACAUAGUGCCCGACUUACCAAGAAUCUCUCUACUUUGUUGGAGCUUCUUGACCCGGCCUCAUUGGAUAUGACCAACACAGAGGAAGCUGUUAACGAUGCAGAUGAGCGCUUGAAAGGCGCUGCGGUCAAGGCCAAGCUCAUCCAACGCGCAAUGGGUGAAGGCGAGGAGUCUUUGGAUGCUCGACCGGGUGCGAAAGAGGGCUCAAAGCCUGGAGAUGGAACCGGCAGCAUCGAAGACAUCAGCUCGCUGAAUGUUCGUCACUGA